UUGUUCAGUUGAUGCAGUGAGACAUCUCGGAUUAUUUCUGUUUAUUUAAUUUGGAAUUUAAUUUUGUUUAGUGAAAUAAUAUUUGAAGAUGAAGUUUUUUGUGAUCAUUUCAUUAUUAGCAGUCAAUGCAUUUGCUGCACGAUUGGAUAAUCAAUACAUUCCACCACCACCAAAUGCACAUAGUGCAGGAGGAAUUAACUUAGAAGCUCCAAGACAAGCACUUCCAUCAAAUAUUCAAGCAUCUUAUACAUCACCUGGAGGAGUUCAAAGUCAAUUCCAACAACAACAAGUUAACCGUCCAGGAUUGAAUCAAGGAACAUUCACAUCCCACUCACACGGAAACGGUUUCCAAUCAGUCUCAGCAGGAUCAUUCUCAAACAAUGCUGGACAACCUCAACGAUUUGCACCAGCUCCACAACAAGCCUCAACAUAUCAACAAGCCUCAACAUCUUACCAACAACCAGCUCAGCCAUCAAGACCUGCCUAUCAAGCACCAUCAAGCUAUCAACAAGCUCAACCACAACAACAAUACAAUUACCAACAAACCGGAUAUAACCAGGCAUCAACAACUCCAAUUCCAAUUUUGAAAUUCGAGAAUGAACCACAUCAAGGUGAUGGACGUUAUCGCUUCUCAUAUUUAACUGGAAACGGAAUAAUGGCUGAAGAAGAAGGUUAUCUUAACAAUCCACAUGCCCAAUACCCAGAAUACCCAGAACAAGUUGCCGUUGGAAGUUACAGCUAUACAUCACCUGAAGGUCAACAAAUUUCACUUUCAUACAAAGCUGACUCAAAUGGAUUUGUGCCACAAGGUGAUCAUUUACCAAAAGCACCUGAACAAACAGCCGAGUGGUACGAACAAGUUGAACUUCACAAGAAAAUAGCCGCUGAGGUUGAAGCUGAAGGUCAACGAUUGGCACAACUUCAGGCGCAACAACCACAACAAAACCAACAACAAUAUAAUCAGCAACAAAGUUAUCAACCACAAUAUAAUCAGCAACAAGGUCAUCAGCAACAAGCUCAUCGCCAACAAGGUCAUCAACAACACUCCCAACAGAGCAAUAAUUAUAAUGCACAGGCAUCGAAUGUGUAUCCAUCACAACAACAAUUCCAGGGAUAUAACCAAAAUGCCCAGCCUAUUGCAAAGCCACAGCAACAAUAUCUUCCACCACAGAACUAUGGCAAGAAAUAAGGAAAAAGGAGACCAUUAGCGAAACAGAACGAAACAGCAAACAUUAAUUUAGGCAAAAUUUAUCAUCAUCAUUUUUCAUUUAUGAGAGAUUAUUUUUCAUCCAUUAUUUCCCAUGGAUAGAAAAUGGAAGUUUUCAACCAAUUAACACAUGAUUUCUUUUUAUUUUCUAUUAAAAGAAUACACAAUGUAACUUUUUCCUUUCCUGUUUCCCUAAACCUAAACCUCUCUCAUCAUCACCAUUACCAUUAUAAUUAUUAAUAAGAAUGAUGAAUGGAAAAUGAAAAAUCACAUUAGCGAACGAAGGAUAAACGUGUAAAAAAAUAUAUGUAAAAAUAAAGCGACUGCAAAAGAAACUUUUUUAUAAAAAUGAA